GCUUACACACAUAGCCAGGCCUUUCUCCACUCUCCACACAGAAGACAGGCGUGACAGAACAAGUCACGCAGCCUGUGUGGAUUUUUGUGGGAGAAAAGUGUUCCGUGCCCAUUUGUGUGGACUCUCGACUCGAAAUUACAGGAGGGCACCAGAGGGCACCAAAGCUUAAAGACGGAGAAGCUGCUAACUCAGGCUUGAACCGAAGGAGAGCCGGAAGCUGUUUAGUGUGGAAAGAUGAUCCCGAGGGAGUCUGUAGAUGUGGAGGGAGCCCUCAGUGAAGAGGAAAACUGAUAUCUCAUCGGCAUUGCCGUUUGAUGCUUCGUCUGAACCUGUGCAAUACAAUGCUCUGCUUCCGUUUAGGGCCCUGAGUUGGAACUGAAAUGCUAGAAUUUCAUCCUCCAGGUUUUGCCUCCAGGUUUCCAGAAAGCACGCAACAAGGACUAGCUAACGGAAUGGGCUGUAAAAAGAGAGUCUCUGCAUCUCUCUCCCAAGGUGGCAUUAGCAGGCUUGAGGCUCCCAGGGGAUAGGAACGCCUGGCCUGGCGUGCUUAACACCGCAUCAUGACCCUUCUCCUGAUGUCCCUCCUGCUGGCUUCUCUGCUUCAGAUCAGCUCUGGCAACAAAGCCAACAAGCACAAGCCGUGGAUCGAGGCAGAGUACCAGGGCAUUGUCAUGGAGAAUGACAACACGGUCCUGUUGAAUCCACCGCUCUUUGCCUUGGAUAAAGAUGCUCCGCUCCGAUACGCAGGUGAGAUCUGCGGCUUCCGGAUCCAUGGAUCUGGGGUACCCUUUGAGGCUGUGAUCCUCGACAAGGCAACAGGUGAAGGGCUGAUCCGGGCCAAGGAGCCUGUGGACUGUGAGGCCCAGAAGGAGCACACCUUUACCAUCCAGGCCUAUGACUGUGGCGAGGGGCCCGAUGGCACCAAUACCAAGAAGUCUCACAAGGCAACCGUGCAUGUUCGGGUCAACGACGUGAACGAGUUUGCCCCGGUCUUCGUGGAGCGUCUGUACCGUGCUGCAGUGACCGAGGGGAAGCUGUACGAUCGUAUCUUACGUGUGGAAGCCAUUGAUGGUGACUGCUCCCCUCAGUACAGCCAGAUCUGCUACUAUGAGAUCCUUACACCCAACACCCCCUUCCUCAUUGACAAUGAUGGCAACAUUGAGAACACAGAGAAGCUACAGUACAGUGGCGAGAAGCUCUACAAGUUUACGGUGACCGCGUAUGACUGUGGGAAGAAGCGAGCGGCAGAUGACGCUGAGGUGGAGAUCCAGGUGAAGCCCACCUGCAAACCCAGCUGGCAAGGCUGGAACAAAAGGAUUGAAUAUGCCCCAGGAGCUGGGAGCUUGGCUCUGUUCCCUGGCAUCCGCCUCGAGACCUGUGAUGAGCCACUGUGGAACAUUCAGGCCACCAUAGAGCUUCAGACCAGCCAUGUGGCCAAAGGCUGUGACCGAGACAACUACUCAGAGCGGGCUCUUCGGAAGCUCUGUGGUGCUGCUACUGGGGAGGUGGACCUGUUGCCCAUGCCCGGCCCCAAUGCCAACUGGACAGCGGGACUCUCAGUACACUACAGCCAGGACAGCAGCCUCAUCUACUGGUUCAACGGCACGCAAGCUGUGCAGGUUCCCCUGGGCGGCCCAGGAGGGCUGGGCUCUGGGCCGCAGGAUGGCUUCAGUGACCACUUUACCCUGUCCUUCUGGAUGAAGCAUAGCGUGACCCCCAGCAAGGGGAAGAAGGAGGAGGAGACCAUUGUGUGUAACACAGUCCAGAAUGAGGACGGCUACUCUCACUACUCGCUGACUGUCCAUGGCUGCAGAAUCGCCUUUCUCUACUGGCCGUUGCUUGAGAGUGCCCGUCCGGUCAAGUUCCUCUGGAAACUGGAGCAGGUGUGUGACGACGAGUGGCAUCACUACGCCCUGAACCUCGAGUUCCCCACGGUCACGCUCUAUACUGACGGCAUCUCCUUCGACCCGGCUCUCAUCCACGACAAUGGUCUCAUCCACCCACCCAGGAGGGAACCUGCGCUCAUGAUUGGGGCCUGCUGGACUGAAGAGAAGAACAAAGAGAAGGAGAAGGGGGGAGAGAACAGUACAGACACAACCUCAGGAGACCCCUUGCUGAUCCACCACUACUUCCAUGGCUACCUAGCUGGUUUCAGCGUGCGCUCAGGUCGCCUGGAGAGCCGUGAGGUCAUCGAGUGCCUCUAUGCAUGUCGGGAGGGGCUGGACUAUAGGGAUUUCGAGAGCCUGGGCAAAGGCAUGAAGGUCCACGUGAACCCCUCGCAGUCCCUGCUCACCCUGGAGGGGGAUGAUGUGGAGACCUUCAACCAUGCCCUGCAGCAUGUGGCUUACAUGAACACUCUGCGCUUUGCCACACCCGGCGUCAGGCCCCUGCGCCUCACCACCGCUGUCAAGUGCUUUAGUGAAGAGUCCUGCGUCUCCAUCCCCGAAGUGGAGGGCUAUGUGGUGGUCCUUCAGCCUGAUGCCCCCCAGAUCCUUCUGAGUGGCACAGCUCAUUUUGCCCGCCCAGCUGUGGACUUUGAGGGACCCGAGGGAGUCCCCUUGUUCCCUGAUCUUCAGAUCACCUGCUCCAUUUCUCACCAGGUGGAGGCCAAAGCAGAUGAGAGUUGGCAGGGCACAGUGACAGACACACGCAUGUCAGAUGAGAUUGUACACAACUUGGACGGCUGUGAAAUUUCUCUGGUGGGAGAUGACCUAGACCCUGAACGAGAGAGCCUGCUCCUGGACAUGGCUUCCCUGCAGCAGCGAGGCCUGGAGCUCACCAACACAUCUGCCUACCUCACCAUUGCUGGGGUGGAGACCAUCACUGUGUAUGAAGAGAUCCUGAGGCAGGCUCGUUAUCAGCUUCGGCACGGAGCAGCCCUGUAUGCCAGGAAAUUCCGGCUUUCCUGUUCGGAGAUGAACGGCCGAUACUCCAGCAACGAAUUCAUUGUGGAGGUCAACGUCCUGCAUAGCAUGAACCGGGUUGCCCAUCCCAGCCAUGUGCUCAGUUCACAGCAGUUCCUGCACCGGGGUCACCAGCCGCCCCCUGAGAUGGCUGGACACAGCCUGGCCAGCUCCCACCGGAACUCCAUGGUCCCCAGUGCUGCGACUCUUAUCAUUGUGGUAUGCGUGGGCUUCCUGGUGCUUAUGGUUAUCCUCGGCCUCGUUCGGAUCCACUCCCUUCAUCGCCGUGUCUCAGGAACUGGCGGACCCUCAGGGGCUUCCACUGACCCGAAAGACCCUGACCUCUUCUGGGAUGACUCUGCUCUCACUAUUAUCGUCAAUCCCAUGGAGUCCUACCAGAACCAGCAGACCUGUGUGGCAGGGGUUGCUGGUGGCCAGCAAGAGGAAGAGGACAGCAGUGACUCCGAAGCAGCCGACUCCCCCAGCAGCGACGAGAGACGCAUCAUUGAGAGCCCCCCACACCGCUACUGAGGCUCCAACCCUGCCAAGAGAGAGGCCUGCCCUGGGGAGAUGGGAAUCCAGGAAAGAAAGGGAGAAAGGCAUUUGGAGAGAAGAGAGAUGAAGCGGGAGAAAAGCGGGAGAAAGAGCUCUUCAUUUGGAGUGGUCCUUCCAUCUCAGAACCCCAGGAGGCAAGCUCCUGAGGCAUCUGCCCUAGCUGGCUGCCCUGGGAGAGUGGCUGGAUGGCGUUGGCUGCCCUGUAGCCCACCUGUGGCAGCAGCUCUGCCAGUCGUGCACUGUAUUAGGGAGGGGGAUAUCAACAGCCAUGAUUGACGUGGGGAUGGAAUUGAUAGACGCCUGCUGCUGUGUUCUCCUUUACUCUGUUCUGUCCGUGGGGGCCUUCCUUCUGUUGCCCCGCCCCUCCCGCUUCCCCUUAGGAUCCCCUCGCCUCUAUUUCCAUUUCACUCUGGGGAUCCCAGCGCCUCCCUCUUCUCAGCCUCCUCCCUCUCUUGUCCUCUUUCCUCUCCUGCCUGAGCAGUACCAAGGUCUUACAGCCUCUGUUCCUUUCUCCAUGGCCUGCUUUGCCUAGGUUGUGGGGAAGGAGGAGGAGCAGGACCCUGGGGGUGUAUUAUAUAUAGUGUAUAUUUUUUCAAUGUUGUCGUGAGCGCAGCUCCUGUGUUUCUGUGUGCAGCUCACAGCCUUGUAUGUGUGCGUGUGUGUGGCAUUGUCAUGUCCUGGGGUGAGGGUAGGGGAUGGGUGUGGUAAAGGAGGGCCGCACCCUAAGGUUUUCAAAUAAAACAACCAGAAAAAAAGUUCUA